UUUUUCUUGAGAUAGCUAUUGUUCGCCUGCGAUCAAUGGCCAACAUAUGUAGCUAUUCCGUUCCGUAUAUCAUACAAUCGAAGUGUGUUCGUGUUUGUUUACGUGCAUAAAAGAUUAGUAUUUAUUUAAAAUAUUAGAAUAUCCAUUCUAUGUAUUUAACAUAAAACUAGUGCAAUGAACUAUUCAAUUUUAAUACACAUAUUUUCACUUGCUUUAAUGGUGACUUUUGCAUCAAGCGAGUUCUCAGCAGAUGACUGUAAAAGUUUGGGUUUUAAAAAAGCCAAUUUAUUAUGUUCUACCUGCGAGGAAUUUAAAAAACGUGAAUUAACAGAAAUAUGGAACAAUUGCAAGGAAUGUUGUUUAAAAGAUGAUUAUGAUGCCUCUGGAAUGAAACGGUAUCCACGUGCUAUUCUUGAAGUGUGUACAUGCAAAUUUGGUGCAUAUCCACAAAUUCAAGCGUUCAUAAAAAGUGACCGACCCAGUAAAUACAAAAAUUUACAAAUAAAGUACGUCAGAGGCUUAGAUCCAAUAAUAAAAUUGUUGGAUGCAGACAAUAAAGUUGAAGACAUUCUGGACAUACAUAAAUGGGAUACUGAUUCAGUUGAUGAAUUCUUAGCAACUCAUCUUUCAACAGAUUAACAUUACGCAGCAAUAUAUUUAAACUUUGUUAAAUAUAAGCAAUGAGAAUUAAAUGAAUUAAGGUGAUAAAA